CUUUCUACCUGGAUGACUUUUAUGUGUCAGUGACUACACGAAAAUCUCUAUCCAAUGACGUCAGUAGACUUACGCCAGCUUUAUAUCCAGCCCCAAAUAACAGACAUUAGCAAGCACAUUAGAACCUUAUUAGGGAUAAGAACUUGAUGAACUGUUUGCUUUAUUUCCCAAAGAGUUUGGAAUAGUUUCUUUUAUAAGAAGUCACUAAUUGGAUAUUUUAUUUCUUAGCUUGAGUUUAAAAUUGUUGAAUACAAAGUUGAUUUUGUGUAAACCAGAGGAAGGGCGUUGACAGUUGCAAUGGAUGAAGCUCUUCACAAUAAAGAAACAUCAAACUUAGAAAAUACAAAUAUCGUUUGUUGGAAACGUCUCUAUAGCAAAACCGACACGUUCUUAGAGUCUACGGUACUGAAUCCUUCACCACAACAUCUUUUUGUAACACAAAUCUCUUUAAAAGAGAAAUACUUACUAUGCUCCCUUGAGGAUGAUUCUUCAUUGACAGAUGUAGAAAGCCUUAACAAUUCCCUGGAACAGUCAAUAUCAGUAGCAGCCACAGCUCGGAGUCAUGAAGAAAUCUUUCAAGAGCUGGAAAGUCAACUUCAAAACAUGGAAGCUCGCCAUCAGAAAGAAAUGAUGGAAUUAAAACAUCAACACGAAAUGCACAUCAUAGAAUUGGAGAGCACGCUGACAACAAAACUCAAAUCUCUGGAGACUGAAAGUUCACUUCGAGAACGUCUGCACGAGGAGGAAAUGAAAGAAUUGAGAAGACAACUCGAGAAACAGCAGGUACAGUCUCAGCUGGAUUUAGGUGCAAUGAAGCACAAAUAUUCACUGGACACUUCACACUAUCAGUCGUGUAUAGAAAACCUGCAGAGUAGACUGUUAGUCAAAGAACUAGAACAUCAGUUACAAAUGAAAGAAUUAGAAAGUCAGUUAAGAAAACAGUUCGCACUGGAGAAGAAAAAACUACGAAAAGCAAACAAAUCCAAGAACAGAAAAUGAUAGCAAUUUAUUGUUUGUGUAAUCUGGACUUCUUUCUUUGAAAUCUUCUAUUCCAUUUUAAAUGUUCAGAUUUGUGUGUGUGUAUUAUUCUUUCAUCAGAAUGAUUUCAAUGUUUCUAAGUCUUUCUUUAAAUGAUCAAUUCACUGUUCGAAGCAUUCUACUCUUAAAUGUUAAAAGUUAUGCAUUUAUUUUCACGCGUGAAGAUCUAGUGUAUACAACACAAAAAGCAUUCAAAAAUUAUGUAUCUUUUGAAUGACUUUGAUUGUUAUUUGUACAUUAACAAAUGGAUGCACUAAAGACGACUGUGUGAAAUGUUUCUUGUAUUUAUGACUGUACAUUUGUUUACAAAUUGAAGGCUAGUCUUGGAACUGAAUGACAGUUGAAUGCUGAACUAUUGUUGCCAAUGCAUAUAAGUUAGGAGCUAUUCUUUGUCAUUACCUACUGGCAAGAAUUUCGCCCUUAAUUCCACGGAGCUUUCCUAAUCAAAUAUUGAGAUUGUCUUCCCAACACCUUAACGCCAUAAAACAAAACAUUUUUCAUAUAUUUGUAUUAUUCUUAAUUUUAGAGUCAAUAUGGAUGUACAGUAUGAGUGUACUAAGUUUUUAAUGGUAUGAUUUCAUUGGUUUAAAUUAAAUUUAAUGACACCGAAUUGUUGUGUUAAUAAAGAUUGUUAUUCC